GUUGCCGGUGUGCGUCUUGGAGGAGCCGAGGGAGCAGAGCGGCCGAGAGGAGGGGAGGUGCUGUGUGGGGAGCAGAUCGGGGAGGCACGGGCGGAGCCAACUGCAGAGUGUGGAGGUGUCCCAGCUCCGCGAGGUGCGGGCGCAAAGUUCUCCCCUCACCCGGCAGGCCUGCGCCCUUUUCUUCCAGGCAAGCGUCCAGGAGGGAAUGGCUGUUGCGUGUCUUACCACCAGAUGCCAGGCACCAGUGACAUUUGACGACGUGGCUGUGAUGUUCACGGAUGAGGAGUGGCGGCUUCUGGUGCCCAGUCAGCGGGAUCUCUACAAGGAGGUGAUGCUGGAGAACUACCAGAGCAUGGUCUCCCUGGGGCUUCCGGUUCCACAACCUGCUGUGAUUUUUCAACUGAAGCGAGGGGAUGAGCCGUGCAUAGUAGAUCUCCAUGGGUCUGAGGGAAAAGCAUGGCCAGAGAACACCUGUCCAGACUGGGAGACUAAGCCUGGGCUUCAACAGACCUCAGAGGAAGAACAAUCAGAAGGCAUCUUGAGGGGAAGGUUGGGACGACAGAGUCCUCUGUGUCCUAAACUUGAAGUUCAAGUACCAGAGGGUGCGCCGGACACUGGGAAGAGAAGCUCUGUGGUGGACAGUUGCAAGAAAUCCCUUUCACAGGACAAAAACUUAAGGCAGGGGUCAGCCACACCCAAGAAAGUUGUCGCUAAAGAGAGAGAUCAAGAAUGCAGUGACUGUGGCAAGACCUUUUUUGACCACUCGUCCCUCACCCGUCAUCAGAGGACGCACACUGGGGAGAAGCCGUACGGCUGUCGGGAAUGCGGGAAAGCCUUCAGUCACAGGAGCAGCCUGAGCAGACACCUGAUGUCCCACACCGGGGAGAGCCCCUACGAAUGCAGUGUGUGUGCCAAGGCCUUCUUCGACCGCUCCUCCCUGACCGUGCACCAGCGCAUCCACACCGGAGAGAAGCCCUUCAAGUGCAGCGAGUGUGGGAAAGCCUUCUUCGACCGGUCAUCGCUGACACGGCACCAGAGAAUCCACACUGGAGAAAGCCCGUAUGAGUGUCGGCAGUGCGGGAAAGCCUUCAGCCAGAAAAGCAUUCUGACUCGUCACCAGCUCAUCCACACCGGCAGGAAGCCUUAUGAGUGUACCGAGUGCGGGAAGGCCUUCUACGGCGUCUCAUCCCUCAACAGACACCAGAAAGCCCACGCGGGGGAGCCGCGCUACCAGUGCAGCGAGUGCGGCAAAGCUUUCUUCGACCGCUCAUCCCUUACACAGCAUCAGAAGAUCCAUACGGGAGACAAGCCGUACGAAUGCAGCGAGUGUGGGAAAGCCUUCAGCCAGAGAUGCCGGCUGACGCGGCACCAGAGGGUUCACACAGGAGAGAAGCCCUUCGAAUGCAGCGUGUGUGGGAAAGUCUUCAGUUCAAAGUCCUCCGUGAUUCAGCAUCAGCGGCGGUAUGCCAAACAGGGCAUAGACUGAGAGGGGUGACACUUGUGUGGGUCUUCCCCAUCUUCACCAGGGUUGUCCUGCGCUCCUUCCGGCCACUCUGGCUGCGCUGCCGAUCUCCUGUCCCGCCUCUGCUUCAGAGCUUGGAAUAAACACUAGAUCUGCUGUGGCCUAUGGCAUGGAUGCGGGCUGCCAGAAAGGAGGCAAUGAAAGGGUCACAUUUAGGAGAGAUCUGUCCCAGGAGGACAGAGGUCAGGAGGAGAUCCUCAGCCACACUGUGGGUCUGAGAGCCCAGGUCCUAGGGUGUCGCACUGCACUUUAAACAGCUGCAGUCUGCAACAGGAGGAGAGAGCAAGAUGACACCAGGGCGGCACUGUUGGGUUUCUUCCUCAGAAGAGUUUGCUUUUGGAGCCUUUGGUUCCUCUCUCUGGGAGCUUUCUGGAGGCACUGACAUUGCUGUCUUGUGUCCCAGCUUGUAGAUCUGUUACGACUAUUACUAACUAGCCUAUACUUAUUGAGCACU